UAUUUUUUUGUUGAAAAAAAAUUCGCCUUUUACCGAAUUCUAAAAGACUUUCUUUACGACCCUUUCUUUAAUUUCAAAUAUACCAGCAAAUCUAAUUUGAUUUCUUAUUACUUUUCAUUAACUGAGGGGAACAGUCAAAAAGUGGAGUAGAGAUCUCAGUUUAGUUACAUUAUUAUAUACACAUCUUAUUGCCCGAUUUAAUCUGCAUUUUUGUAACGUGGAAGAAAGACCAAGUGGAACAGUCAACAAGUAAAUCAAUCCAUCAUAUCUAUUAGAAUCUGACAGAAGGACAAAAUCCUAUAUACAAUCCUACAUAACCAAUGGUCAAUCAUAAGAAUGUAUCCAGCCAUUUUCUAGGUGGCAAUUCCCUUGCUACUGCCCCUCAAAGUCCUGUAAAAGACUUUGUUCAAGCUCAUGAAGGUCACACUGUUAUUUCCAAAGUACUCAUUGCCAAUAACGGUAUGGCUGCUAUGAAGGAGAUUCGUUCCGUCAGAAAAUGGGCAUAUGAAAUCUUUGGCAAUGAACGUGCUAUUGAAUUCACUGUUAUGGCAACUCCCGAGGAUUUGAAGGGUAACGCUGAAUUCAUCCGUAUGGCCGAUAAUUAUGUUGAAGUGCCUGGUGGUACAAACAAUAACAAUUAUGCCAAUGUCGAACUUAUUGUGGAUGUUGCUGAAAGAGCCGGUGUUCAUGCUGUUUGGGCUGGUUGGGGUCAUGCUUCUGAAAAUCCACGCUUGCCUGAAAUGCUUGCCAAGUCCAAGAAUAAAUGUGUCUUCAUCGGUCCUCCUGCCUCUGCUAUGCGAUCCUUAGGUGACAAAAUCUCGUCGACGAUCGUUGCUCAAAGUGCCCAAGUACCCACCAUGGGUUGGAGUGGUGAUGGCGUUACUGAAACCGAAUUUGAUGCAGAAGGCCAUGUUGUUGUGCCUGAUCGUGUUUAUGAAAAGGCCUGUGUCAAAACGGCAGAGGAAGGUUUGAGAGCUGCCGAAAAGAUCGGUUUUCCUGUCAUGAUCAAAGCUUCUGAAGGUGGUGGUGGUAAAGGUAUUCGUAAGGUCGAAGACGCUAGCAAUUUUGCCCAAUUAUUCGCUCAAGUCCAAGGUGAAAUUCCUGGUUCCCCCAUAUUCAUCAUGAAGCUUGCUGGUAAUGCUCGUCAUUUAGAAGUUCAGCUUUUAGCAGAUCAGUAUGGCAAUGCCAUCAGUUUGUUCGGUCGUGAUUGUUCCGUUCAACGUCGUCAUCAAAAGAUUAUCGAAGAAGCUCCUGUCACCAUCGCGAAGCCAGAUGUUUUUGAACAAAUGGAAAAAGCAGCUGUGAGACUUGGAAAGUUAGUGGGUUAUGUAUCUGCUGGUACUGUGGAAUAUCUCUACAGUCAUCAUGACGAUGAAUUCUACUUUUUGGAACUAAACCCUAGACUUCAGGUCGAGCAUCCUACCACUGAAAUGGUAUCCGGUGUCAAUUUACCCGCUGCACAACUUCAAAUUGCUAUGGGUAUUCCUCUUCAUCGUAUUCGCGAUAUUCGUGUACUUUAUGGCGUUGAAACCAAUGGCACCUCAGAGAUUGAUUUCGGUUUCGAACACCCUACCUCAUUGACCAGCCAUCGUCGCCCAACCCCCAAAGGUCACGUUGUUGCUGUCCGUAUUACGGCCGAAAAUCCUGAUGCUGGUUUCAAGCCUUCCUCUGGUAUGAUGCAAGAACUCAAUUUCAGAUCUAGCACGAACGUCUGGGGUUAUUUCUCUGUCGUCUCAGCGGGUGGUCUUCAUGAAUACGCUGAUUCUCAGUUUGGUCACAUUUUCGCUUAUGGUGAGAACCGUCAACAAGCGCGUAAGAACAUGGUCAUUGCUCUGAAAGAACUUUCGAUCCGUGGUGAUUUCCGUACUACUGUCGAAUACAUUAUUCGCUUACUCGAAACUCCUGAAUUCGAACAAAACACCAUCAACACCGGUUGGUUAGAUAUGUUGAUUUCGAAAAAAUUGACAGCCGAACGUCCUGAUACUAUGCUUGCCAUCUUUUGCGGUGCUGCUACCAAGGCCCAUAAAGCCUCUCUGGAGUGCUUCCACCAAUACAAGCAAUCGCUUGAGAAAGGUCAAGUCCCCAGUAAGGGUAGUCUGAAAACUGUCUUUACAGUUGAUUUUAUUUAUGAAGAUGUUCGCUAUAACUUCACCGUCACUCGUUCUGCUCCUACCAUUUAUACUUUGUAUCUUAAUGGAACCAAGACCCAAGUAGGCGUUCGUGAUUUGUCGGAUGGCGGUCUUUUGAUUUCUAUCGGUGGCAAAUCUCAUACAACUUACUCCCGAGAGGAAGUUCAAGCUACUCGUUUGAUGAUUGACGGUAAAACCUGUCUUCUUGAAAAAGAAACUGACCCUACUCAAUUGAGAAGCCCCUCUCCCGGUAAACUCGUCAAUUUGUUGGUCGAGAACGGUGAUCAUUUAAAGGCUGGUGAUGCUUAUGCUGAAAUUGAGGUCAUGAAAAUGUACAUGCCUUUGAUUGCUACAGAAGACGGUCACGUCCAGUUCAUUAAGCAGGCCGGCGCUACUUUAGAAGCAGGUGACAUUAUCGGUAUUUUGUCCCUCGAUGAUCCAAGCCGUGUUAAGCAUGCAUUACCUUUCAACGGCACUGUUCCUGACUUUGGUGUUCCUCAUAUCACCGGCGACAAGCCCAUUCAGAAAUUCAACGCCACGAAGGGCAUUCUUGAACACAUUCUUCAAGGUUAUGAUAACCAAGCGCUCGUUCAAACUGUCGUUAAAGAUUUUACGGAUAUUUUGAGAAAUCCUAAUUUGCCCUAUUCCGAAUUGAAUUCUGUUCUAUCCGCUUUGUCUGGACGUAUUCCUCAACGCUUAGAAACAUCUCUUCACAAUCUGGCGGAUGAGUAUAAGGCUGCUCAAAAAGAAUUCCCUGCUGCUCAAUUGGAAAAGUUGAUUGAAGAUUUCGCCCGUAAUAACCUCAAGCUUCAAUCGGACGUUACUUUACUCAGAAAUCAGGUGGCGCCUUUAGUCAGCAUUUUCGAACGAUUCAAAAAUGGCCUUAAGGAACACGAAUACAGUAACUACAUUCAGUUGAUGGAACAAUAUUACGACGUUGAGAUUUUGUUCAGCCAGCAACGUGAUGAAGAAGUUAUCUUGACUCUCAAGAAUCAACACAAGGACGAUUUAGAUAAGGUUUUGGCUGUCGUUUUAUCCCACGCCAAGGUCAACAUCAAGAACAAUGUCAUUCUUAUGCUCCUGGAUAUCAUUAAUCCUACUUCUACCAACAAUGCCAUUGAUAAAUGCUUCACUCCUGUUUUGAAGCGUUUGUCUGAAAUUGAUAGCCGUGCAACCCAAAAAGUGGCUCUCAAGGCUCGUGAGCUCUUAAUUCUCUGUCAGCUACCUUCUUAUGAAGAACGUCAAGCUCAGAUGUAUCAAAUCUUGAAGAGUUCCGUUACCGAGUCCGUCUACGGUGGAGGAACUGAAUACCGUACUCCCAGCUAUGACACCUUCAAAGAUUUGAUUGAUACCAAGUUCAAUGUCUUUGACGUUUUGCCUCACUUCUUCUACCACAAUGAUGCUUAUAUUGCGCUUGCUGCUCUUGAAGUUUACUGCCGUCGUUCGUACCAUGCUUACAAGAUUUUGGAUGUCGCUUACAAUCUCGAGCACAACCCUUACAUUAUUGCCUGGAAGUUCUCAUUGCAAACCUCAGCUACGAGUGUAGAUCCUAGCAAGCGUAUCGCCUCUUACUCUGAUCUUACCUUCUUGCUCAAUAAGACAGAAGAAGAACCUAUACGUACUGGUGCUAUGACUGCAUUAAACUCCCUGGAUGAUUUGGAUCAGGAAUUACCUCGCAUCAUGACCGCUUUUGCAGAAGAACCCCUCCCUCCUAUGUUACAACAACAAAAACAAGCUGCUAAGGAACAAAACCGUAUGGAAAAUAUUCUCAACAUCGCUAUCCGUGCCAAUGCCGAUGUCGAUGAAGCUACUUUCAAGGAUCAAAUUUCUGAAAAGAUCGCUGCUUAUGUUGACAACUUCCGUCACGCUAACCUUCGUCGUAUCACUGUCGUUGUCUGUCGUGAUAAUCAAUGGCCUGAUUACUAUACCUUCCGUGAGCGCGAAAACUACAAGGAAGAUCAAACCAUCCGUCAUAUUGAACCAGCCAUGGCUUACCAACUUGAAUUGGCUAGACUUUCCAACUUUGAUAUCAAGCCUUGUUUCAUCGAAAAUAGACAAAUGCAUGUUUACUACGCUGUCGCCAAGGAAAAUCCUUCCGAUUGUCGUUUCUUCAUCCGUGCUUUGGUCCGUCCUGGUCGUGUGAAGAGCUCUAUGCGUACUGCCGACUAUUUGAUUUCCGAAAGUGAUCGCUUGUUGACGGAUAUUCUUGAUACACUUGAAAUUGUAUCUCAUGAAUACAAAAAUUCAGACUGUAACCAUUUGUUCAUCAAUUUCAUCCCUACUUUUGCCAUUGAAGCCGAUGAAGUCGAAAAUGCCUUGAAGGACUUUGUUGACCGUCACGGUAAGCGUCUUUGGAAGCUUCGUGUCACAGGUGCUGAAAUCCGCUUUAACGUCCAAUCCAAGAGGCCCGAUGCUCCCAUCAUCCCCAUGCGUUUCACGGUAGACAACGUUUCUGGUUUCAUCUUGAAGGUUGAAGUCUAUCAAGAAGUCAAGACAGAGAAGAAUGGAUGGAUCCUAAAAUCUGUCAACAAGAUUCCUGGUCCUAUGCACAUGCAAUCUUUGUCAGCUCCCUACCCUACCAAGGAAUGGCUACAACCUCGUCGUUAUAAGGCUCAUCUGAUGGGUACUACCUACGUUUACGACUUCCCAGAACUCUUCCGCCAAUCUGUUCAAAAUCAAUGGACUCAGGUUCAAAAGCACAAUCCUCUUUUGAAACAACCCAGUCAUUUGGUAGAAGCCAAAGAAUUAGUGCUUGAUGAAGAUAGCAACUUGCAAGAGAUCGACCGCGCUCCUGGUACUAACAAUGUUGGAAUGGUUGCUUGGAUGAUGACUCUUCGCACUCCUGAAUACCCCAGUGGUCGUCGUAUCAUUGCCAUCGCUAACGAUAUUACUUUUAAGAUUGGUUCUUUCGGUGUUGCUGAAGAUCUUGUUUUCUAUAAGGCGUCCGAGCUUGCUCGUUCUCUCGGUAUUCCUCGCGUCUACUUAUCUGCCAACUCUGGUGCUCGCAUCGGUCUCGCAGAAGAACUCAUCGGCCAAUUCAAGGUGGCAUGGAAGGAUGAAACCAAUCCCAGUGCUGGUUAUGAGUAUCUUUACCUCACUCCUGCUGAUUAUGAAAAGUUAUGCCAACAAGGGGAUGUGAAGAAUGUUCUCGUCGAAGAAAUUCAAGAAAAGGGCGAAACCCGCCUCCGUAUCACAGACAUUAUCGGUCAAACGGAUGGUCUUGGUGUUGAAAACUUGAGAGGUUCCGGUCUCAUUGCCGGUGCUACUUCUCGUGCUUACGAAGACAUUUUCACUAUUACUUUGGUUACUUGCCGUUCCGUCGGUAUCGGUGCCUACCUUGUUCGUUUAGGUCAACGUACUGUUCAAAACGAAGGCCAACCCAUCAUCUUGACGGGUGCUCCUGCUUUGAAUAAGGUGCUUGGUCGUGAAGUCUAUACUUCUAACCUUCAAUUAGGUGGUACGCAAAUCAUGUAUAAGAAUGGCGUUUCUCACUUAACCGCUGAAGAUGAUCUUGAAGGUGUCUGUAAGAUUAUUCAAUGGCUUUCAUUUGUCCCUGAUGUCCGUAAUGCCUCGAUCCCUAUACGUUUGAGCACUGACCCCGUCGACCGUGAUAUUGAAUACACACCUCCUAAGGGUCCUUCCGAUCCUCGUUUCUUCUUGGCUGGCAAGGAAGAAAACGGCAACUGGCUCAGUGGCUUCUUCGAUCAAGGCUCAUUCAUUGAAACUUUGAGUGGCUGGGCUCGUACUGUCGUUGUUGGUCGUGCUCGUUUGGGUGGUAUUCCCAUGGGUGUCGUUUCUGUUGAAACUCGUACUGUUGAAAACAUCGUUCCUGCUGAUCCUGCCAACUCAGAUUCUACUGAACAAGUUUUCAUGGAAGCUGGUGGUGUUUGGUUUCCCAACUCUGCUUACAAGACUGCUCAAGCUAUCAACGAUUUCAAUAAGGGUGAACAGUUGCCUUUGAUGAUCUUUGCUAACUGGCGUGGUUUCUCAGGUGGACAACGCGAUAUGUAUAAUGAAGUUUUGAAAUAUGGCGCUCAAAUUGUCGAUGCUCUUAGUAACUACAAGCAACCUGUCUUUGUUUACAUUAUUCCCAACGGUGAGCUUCGUGGUGGUGCUUGGGUCGUUGUUGAUCCUACUAUUAACCAAGAUAUGAUGGAAAUGUAUGCAGAUGUAAAUGCUAGAGGUGGUGUUUUGGAACCCGAAGGUAUUGUAGAAAUCAAAUACCGUAGACCUGCAUUGCUUGCCACUAUGGAACGCCUCGAUCCUACCUAUGCUUCUCUGAAGAAACAAUUGGCCGAAGGUGACAAGACUGAAGAACAAAAGGCUGCACUCAAGGCUCAAGUCGAGGCUCGUGAGCAAGAAUUAUUACCCGUUUAUCAACAAAUUUCAAUUCAGUUUGCUGAUCUUCAUGACCGCUCUGGUCGUAUGAAGGCUAAGGGCGUUAUUCGUAAGGCCCUUGACUGGCGCCGUGCUCGUCAUUACUUCUACUGGCGUGUUCGUCGUCGUCUUAGCGAAGAAUAUACUUUCCGUAAGAUUGUCUCUGCUACCAGAUCUUCUUUGUCUCGCGAUCAAAUGUAUAGCCUCGUCAAGGAAUGGUUCGCCAAUGAUAAUGAGUCUGUUGAUUAUGAAGAUGCUGAUGAAACUGUUGCCGAAUGGUAUGAAAAGCGUGCAAGUGUUAUUGAUCAACGUAUUAGUAAGUUAAAGAGUAAUGCCACUGCUGAGCAAGUUGUCUCUUUGGCCUCCAACGAUCAAGAUGCUGUCAUUGAAGGUUUCAGCCAAAUCCUAGGUUCGUUAAGCGAAGACACUCGUGCAGAAAUCUUACGCAAGCUAUCAUCUCGUUUUUAAAUUGUUGACUUAAUCAUGCCAUUUAUCAAUAACAUAAUACAUGUAUUUAAUUUUGAUGUCACUUUUCUAUUCGUACUCAUACAUAUCUAACCCUAUCUCAACUUACUGUAAAAUAAUAAAUCUGUUCCGCUAAUAAAGAGUU